AUGAUUAAAACCCGCAUCUGCAUGAUAUCAGACACCCAUACAAGCACACCAAACCCACCACACAUGACCGGCAAUGCUUAUCGAUCCCCACUGCCGAAAGCCGACGUCUUACUUCAUGCCGGUGACUUGACAAAGGUCGGCUACCGAGUCGAGAACGAAGCCAUGAUCGCCAUGCUUAAAGAUGCCGACGCGGAGCUGAAACUCGUCAUCGCCGGCAACCACGACAUAACCCUAGACGAAGAGUACUUUGCAAGCUUCGGCUACAACCGACACUCAAGACCAGAGUAUCUGGGUGAGGAGUCUAUCCUUCUAUCUGAUGAUGAGAUCCACGAAAUCCGCCAACCAUCCGCAGAGCAGCUCCGAUCUUACGCUCGCUCGAUCAAGGAUCUCUGGACUUGCCAAGCUGCUCGCGAUGCGGGAAUUGUUUACUUGGAAGAAGGCGUUCAUUCAUUCACCCUCUCGACAGGGGCCACUUUCACCGUUUAUGCAUCGCCUUAUCAGCCAGAGUUCUAUCGUUGGGCAUUUGCCUAUGAGCGAGAUGAAGAUCGCUACAGUUCCAAUGGCGCGGCGAAUCCUAUUCCUGAUUUUCCCGCCGUGGAUAUCUUACUGACUCACGGGCCUCCGCUUGGUAUUCUGGAUCAGGUCCCGCCAGAUUUGAAUGUGGGGUGUGAGCAUCUGCUCCGUGCUGCGGGGCGUGCGAGACCACGCAUUCAUCUCUUCGGACAUAUUCAUGAAGGUUGGGGCGCCCAGCGGGGAGUCUGGAAUGCUGAUGGGCUAAAGCUGGAAGAUGUGCCCACUGAUAUUGAGGAUAUGCUUGAGAAUCGCUCGGCUUUCUAUGAUGUUAGUAAGGGCGCGCACAGUCCUUUGCGAUUCGGAGAUGAAACUUUGUUUGUCAAUGCUAGUGUUAAUACUGUGAAGUAUGAGGCCAGGAAUGCGCCUUGGGUUGUUGAUUUGGAACUUCCAUUGGCUGAGAAGUGA